AUGGUGAUGGAGGAGAGAGUUGAACUCCCACUUCAGGUCCUGGGUGAUGAUGGUUCCAAGGAUGCAGAAGGAGCACAAACUGCACAGUACAGCAGGCUUGGAGAGCGUGCUGUAUGCAGGAAUCAGAUGUACCAUGGUGUGCGUGGGUUGUCUUCCUCAUCUGGUCCAAGAGUGUGUAUCGUAGGCGGAGGUCCUGCAGGUUUUUACACGGCACAACAGCUCCUGAAGGCUCGGCAGGACGCAGCCGUAGACAUUUACGAGCGGCUGCCGGUGCCGUUUGGACUGGUGCGGUUUGGAGUCGCACCUGAUCAUCCUGAGGUCAAGAGUUACGGAGCAGAAGGAAAUCGGUCAAUGGGAAUUCCAGGUGAAGAUGUACCUGGUGUUUUCUCAGCUAAAGACUUUGUUGGAUGGUACAAAGGACUGCCCAGUAAUAAGGAGGACAAUAAUCAAAAUCAACACAAAAAUGUGUCACUGAGCACAAAAUGAAGCUUCUGCCAUGGCUGUCUCAGUUCCCUGACCUGAACCCUAUAGAAAAUGAGUGGGGUGAACUGAAGAGAAGCACCACCAACAUGGAGCUGUGAAUCUGAAGGAUCUGGAGAGUUUCUGUAUGAUUGAAUGGUCUCUGAUCUCUUAUCAGGUGUUCUCCAAACUCUUCAGGCAUUAUAGGAGAAAACCCAGAGCUGCUA